AUGCACGGUUGGGGAAUCUCCGUCAUAGGUUAUGAUUCAUUAUCUUCUUCGAAAGAAUUACAUGAAUUUGAUGAUGCUGUUAACAAAGAACACCCAUUUGAAACUGAUCACGUCCAAUUAUUUAGGGGUCAUUGUAAUGGUCUGAUUUACUUUCGGGGUUCUGGUAGGAGGAAUAUGAUGCGCUUUUGUGUUUGGAACCCUGCCACCAAAGAGUACAAAAUCAUACCCAAAUCACCAACAAAAUAUAUGAGAUACGGGGUUGACUUGUGUGGUUUUGGUUAUGAUUGCAAGAUCGAUGAUUACAAGCUUUGCUCUACAAAUGGGGUGCUUGUGAAUGGAGCUUUGAACUGGUUGUGCAUGAAGCGUGGCAAAGACACCGAGCUAAUUAUCUCUUUCGAUAUCAGUGAUGAAAAAUUCAAAGAAAUGCAACCACCUAAAGAAGUUUCUGAAAAUAAGGAACUUUUGACGACUGUGGGAACUUUGGAAGGGUUGCUUUGUGUACUUGUUGAAGUUGUUAAUGUUCAGUUUAGAGUUUGGGUGAUGCAGGAUUAUGGGGUUCAAGAAUCUUGGACAAAACGUUUUGUUGUUACCCAUGAGAAAUUUAUGAAAUAUCCUUCUAAUGUAUUUCAUUUGUGUUCCUUAGACAAAGGUAAAAUAAUUUUAUUCUCUGAUGGUGACACACUAGUUCUGUAUGACCCAAAACAUGAAUAUGCUAGAAAAAUAAGCAUGGAGCCGGAUCUAGGAGGCUGGAUCUGGAAUUCAGUUAAUUAUUUUGAAAGCUUAGUUUCAGUUAACUCUGGUAGAUAUGUGGGUGAGAAUCAAGAAGACAGUGACGAUUCAGAUUCAGAUUCAGAUUUGGUGAUAAAAAGUCUAAUAUGA